AUGACAUUUCUAAGUCUUUCUAAACAGCCUAGAGGUCUUAGAAAAUGUUUUUGCCUUGAAAAGUCUUCACCACCGCUUCUACUUGGAGCUUGUCCUAUUCAAAUGCAUAAAGUUACGCGGAGAGAACGCGGCAAUCGACUUGGCUGCUAUCCCGGAUUCCGUGGCUGUACUAUUUGGUUAACAGGUCUUUCUGGAGCCGGGAAAACUACUGUCGCCUUUGCCACCGAGAAAGUUUUGACUGAGUUGGGUUUACCAUCGUAUGCCCUUGAUGGUGAUAAUGUUCGAAACGGGCUGUGUAAGAAUCUUGGGUUCAUCUCGAAACUGUUUGCUGAUAUGGGAGUUAUUACUCUUGCAUCAUUCAUCAGCCCUUACGCUUGUGAUCGGAACGGAGCGCGGCAGAUACAUCUAAAGGAUGGUCUUAAGUUCUUCGAGGUAUACGUCAAUACACCCCUGAAUGUUUGUGAAAAACGGGAUCCUAAGAAAUUUUAUGAGAAAGCUCGAGCCGGCAAGCUGAAAGGGUUUACUGGUGUUGAUAGUGAUUAUGAAGUGCCAGAGGCUCCUGAUCUUAUUCUGAAGGCUGGAGAAUGGUCAGAAAAUGAAUGUGUUCGAGUCCUGCUGGAAUUUUUGUAUGAAAAGGGGAUUUUGCCAACAGAAGCAUUUAGAAUUUAUUCGGAGAUUCCUGUGAAGGAGCUUUUUGUCACCGAUGUCAAUGCAAUACCCCGUCUAUUAAGUGAAGCGGCAGGAGCACCAAAAAUUGAAAUCACAGAAAUUGACAGACAGUGGCUGCAGGUGGGCCUUACGGUACUGUCCGAAGGAUGGGCCACUCCGUUGAAGGGGUUUAUGCGCGAAAGGCAGUAUUUACAAUGUCUUCACCACGGAUUGCUUCUUGACUUGAAACGCAGUUGCGUCGAACCAGGUUUUUCAUCAGAAGAAGACCCCAAAGAAUCUUCUGAUGUUCUUCAAAAUCCGGUGAACCAGUCUGUCCCAAUAGUUCUGCCUGUAACCGACGAGCAAAAAAAAGCGAUCACAUCCGAUGGUGUCAUCAGCGCUACGAUCGCCCUAACUUUUAAAGAACAAAUAGUUGCUGUGUUGAAAGAUCCUGAGCUAUUUCCUCAUCGCAAAGAAGAAAGAGUGGCACGUCAGUUUGGUUUCACUGACAGAAGGCACCCUACCAUCAACAUGAUAAUGGAUUCAGGAGAUUGGCUGCUUGGUGGCGAUAUUGAGGUUUUUGAUCGGAUAAAAUACAAAGACGGUUUGGAUGAAUACAGGCUCACGCCAAUGGAACUGAGACAACGAUUUCAAAAGGAAAACUGUGAUGCCGUCUUUGUAUUUCAAUUACGCAAUCCUAUACAUAAUGGUCACGCUUUGCUGAUGAGAGACACUCGUGAACAACUACUGAAGAAAUAUAAGAAUCCUAUGCUUCUACUUCAUCCUUUGGGAGGAUGGACAAAGGAUGAUGAUGUUCCAUUGAAUGUGCGCAUAGAGCAACACAAAGCAGUAAUGGAAGAAGGUGUUUUAGAUCCGAAUAAUGCGCCAUAUAUGACAUCGUUUUUUAUUCAGGUCCAGUGGCAUGCAAGAUCCAGACUUGCGGCUGGAGUAACAACAUAUAUUGUUGGAAGAGACCCUGCAGGACUCGCUCAUCCAGAUACUGGCGAUUACCUUUAUGACCCGACCCAUGGCUCAAAGGUUUUAACAAUGGCUCCUGGUUUAUCUGAUCUGAAUAUAAUCCCGUUUCGAGUUGCUGCGUAUGAUAAAAAGCAAAAAAAGAUGGCAUUUUUCGAUCCAAGUCGUAAGGACGAUUUCUUGUUUAUAAGUGGCACUAAAAUGCGCCGUUAUGCAAGGGAAGGUGUCGAACCACCUGAGGGAUUCAUGUCUCCAAAAGCGUGGAAGACAUUGGCUUCUUACUAUCAGAAGAAAAGUCUUGAAUGA